UUUAUAAAAAAAAAAAAGAAAAAAAAAAGAAAAAAAAAAAAGAAAAAUAAAAUCAAUGAUGGUUGGUCAAAAGAGAUUCAUCAAUUUGAAAUUAACUUCCGAGAUUAUUGAAAAGCUGACAAAACAAAAAUCAGUUUUUAUUGAAGCUUCAAAUCAGGGAGAACUGGAGCUUGUUAUGAAAGAUGUAAGAAUUAAGAUUAAUGAGAAUAAAGAAGAAAAGAAUGCGACUGCUAUUUAUUAUAACAACAAUUCAAGUACACUUCAUUAUCUUGGUAAUGCUAUUCCUACAACUGUCGAAAAAGUACAAAUUAAAAAGUUAGAAAAUGUAAAACGUAAAGAUAAUAUACCCAAUGUAACAAAACCAUCACCAUUAAUAAAAGCAAAAUCAAAUGUACCAUCUACACCUUCACGUGCAUCGCAAAAACAAUCUUUUCCAGAAGAAAAAUAUAGUUUAAGGAUGCGUAUCUUGCAACGUUUGGCUUUACAUCCUUGGUCUAUUAAUGAACUUGUCAAAUCACUUAAUCGGACACAACAUGAAAAAUGUGAUCAAUUAGAGAUAACAGAUAUCCUUGAAAAAGUUGGAAUUCCUAUUAAAAAAGAUGAAAGAAAAAAAUUUUGCUUAAAGCCAAAUUUGUACAAAGAAAUUAAAAUAUGGGAUUGGCCAUUUUAUAAUAAUACAGAUAAACAUACAGUAGCAGAUAAUACAAAAGAAGCUUAUGAUUUAUUAAAAAUAUCAGAUUCUGACCCUGAUCGAUCUAAUCUAUAUCAUCCUGAUUCAAAGUACCAACCAAAGAAGCCAUCUCCUGUCAUCAUUAGGAAUCAUACCCCACAAGAUAAUAAAAGUAAAGGGAGAAUGACGCCCAGCUUUCAUCCACUUAAUGCAUCACCUGUAUUCACAUCAACUACAAUCGAUCCUCAAACGAAGCCAAAUCAUAGUAUAAAAAGAAAACGUUCACCUUCACCUGCUCCUUUACAAAAUAAGAAGCCUACUCUAAAGACAUUACCUCAAGAAAUGAAACAAAAAAUUGAAGAAGAAAUAAAUAAUUCAAAGAUAAAAGUAGAAGAAAGGAAUCAAUUUCCUAUAGAAAGAAAUUUAUCCAUAUCAUCUACUUCCUCUUCAUCCACAAUAACAGCUAAUAAAGUAGUAGUAGUAGUAGCAGCAGCAGCAGCAGCAACAACAUCAGCAGCAACACCAGCAACAACAGCUCUAAUACCUAAUAGUAUAAAACCAAUCAAAAUCCCUAGCCAACGAGCAUUUAGUGCAUACUGUACUAAAUAUGAAAUAGUUCGUGAUGAAUAUAAUAGAAUUAAGCAAUACCUUAUUGAAAAUUAUCCAGAUUAUAUAAAAAUUCUUCAGAAUACUGAUCAGCCUACUGGAUCAAAACGAUCUUAUCAUGAUCUUAAAGCAGAAUAUCAAACUCUUAUUAAAGAAAAGUUCUUGAAGGAUGCUAAAGAAGAGAGAUUUAUAGAAACAGAGAAUUUAGUGGAAGAAUGUAAUAGAAAGAGAAGAAGAUUAAAUUAUAUGUGGACGACUAUAAAGCAAAAUAUUGGGGAUCAUCGCUAUAAGAUACUUUUAUAAAUGAUAAUAAACAUGACUCAAGAAUCUCGGAAUACUCUUCUCUGGUCAUGGAUAUUAUUCACUCUUAUUUUUGACUAUUCAGUAGAUAAUAAUGCAGCAACAAGAAGCUGUAAACUCCGUCAGUGAAGCAGCAGAUAACUUGACUUGUCCCUGCAUAUUAUUUGGAUUUCCUCUUUCUCCCUUUAUUCACAUAUUAAAUGCAUAAUAUAAACGAAAUCAUUUAAUGAUCUCACACACACACACACACACACACACUUUCUCCCCUUUUUCUCUCUCUCUCUAUCGUCUUCGUUAUUAUAUAUAUUUCAUUUAAACUAAUAAUUAUAUUAAAUACAACUAUUUUUAUUAA